GUAGGUGAAACCUUGAAGAAAAAGUGGCUCUGUCUUCAAAAAAGUGACCUGACCUUUGCUUUGGGGAAAGGCUCUAGGGCGGCAGAUAAGGCUGUUGCCAUGGUGAUGAAGGAGAUUCCGAGGGAGGAGUCUGCAGAAGAAAAGCCCCUCCUUACUAUGACAUCACAGGGGUGCAGAAGCCAAAAGGAAGCAGGAUCAAGUGAAAAACUGGUGAAUGAGCAACAAGAAAGCAGACCCCUUCUGAGCCCCUCCAUUGAUGACUUUCUCUGUGAAACUAAACCUGAAGCUGUUGCAAGGCCUGUAACAUCAAAUACUGCAGUAUUAUCAACAGGUCUGGAUCUCUUGGAUCUCAGUGAACCUGUCUUACAAACCCAAAACAAAGCAAAGAAAUCAGAGAAUCCAUCAAGAAGUGAAGGCUUAAAAGCUUCAACCCACAGAAAGAAGACAGACAAUUCUGACCUUAUCAGUGUGGAUACUGAGCAGAAAGUCCAGGCUGUCAGAGUUUCAGACAAGUCUUCACUAGAUUUAGUUGAUAUUCAGACACAGCUAGAAAAAUGGGAUGAUGUCAAUUUUCAUGGAGACAGGAGUAGCAAGGGUCACCCUUCAACAGAGCGAACAUCAUCAUCUAGAGUUCCAUCAAAAGAGCUUUUAUGGUCCACAGAAAACAGAUCACAGUCUGAGCUGACUAAUGUCAAGAGUGCCUUGGAAUCUGAUUCAGCAUCAGAAUUAGAAAUUGCACCUACAACACAGGCACGAUCAAUGAAAGAGCAGCGUUGGGGAGGGCCUCUUCUCUCCAGAAAUCACUCUUUGGAGGAAGAAUUUGAAAGAGCAAAGGCAGCUGUUGAGUCAGACACAGAGUUUUGGGAUAAAAUGCAAGCAGAAUGGGAAGAAAUGGCUCGCAGAAACUGGAUUUCAGAGAACCAGGAAGCACCAGGGCAAGUCACCAUCUCAACCAUUGAGAAGGGUUAUUAUUUCCAUACUGAGAAUCCCUUCAAAGACUGGCCUGGUGCUUUUGAGGAAGGACUAAAAAAAAUGAAAGAAGGGGACUUGCCAGUUACAAUCUUAUACCUGGAAGCUGCUAUUUUACAAGAACCCAAUGAUGCAGAGGCUUGGCAGUUCCUGGGCAUAACGCAGGCAGAGAAUGAAAACGAGCAAGCAGCCAUUGUCGCCCUCCAAAGGUGCUUGGAACUACAGCCAAACAACUUAAAAGCUCUGAUGGCCCUGGCUGUAAGUUACACUAAUACUGGCCAUCAACAAGAAGCGUAUCAAGCUCUAAGAAACUGGAUAAAGCAAAAUCCAAAAUACAAAUACAUAGUGAAAAGCAAAAAAGGGUCCCCUGCACUUACCAGGCGAAUGUCUAAGACAUCGGAUGAAAGCUCACUACUUGAAGAAGUGAAGGAUUUGUACCUGGAGGCUGCUCACCAGAAUGGUGAUAUGAUAGACCCUGACUUGCAGACGGGACUUGGAGUUCUUUUCCACCUGAAUGGAGAAUUUAACAGAGCAAUAGAUGCAUUUAGUGCCGCUUUGACUGUUCGGCCAGAGGACUAUACAUUAUGGAACCGUCUUGGAGCUACAUUGGCAAAUGGGGAUCGAAGUGAAGAAGCCGUUGAGGCCUACACACGUGCUUUAGAGAUCCAGCCUGGCUUCAUUAGGUCCAGAUACAAUUUAGGGAUAAGUUGCAUAAACCUAGGGGCAUACAGAGAGGCUGUCAGCAAUUUUCUCACUGCUCUCAGUUUGCAAAGAAAGAGCAGGAAUCAACAACAGGUUCCACACCCUGCUCUGUCAGGCAAUAUUUGGGCAGCACUUCGAAUUGCUCUGUCUAUGAUGGACCAGCCAGAACUAUUUCAAGCUGCCAAUGUGGGUGAUCUAGACAUUCUUUUAAGAGCUUUUAAUCUAGAACCAUAAUAAAAAAGUAUCUACAAAUUGAUUCAAUUGUAUUAGGAAACAGCAAACUUUUUUAUUAUUUGUCUCAAAAUGACCACAUUUUCCAAAAGAGCAUGGCAGUAGAUCAAUAGGGAAAUUCUCUCAGACGUUAUUCAAAAAGGAAAAGUUCAAAAGCACAAAAUAAUGUAAAUAAAUUCAAACUCAGAGGACUGAAAUGAGCUGCAGCUAAUCUGACAAAGCCCUGAACUAGAUGAAACAGCCUUUUCUGAAGAAUCUUCAUCCCAUGCAAGCUCUCUCGCUCUCUCUCUCUACAUACACAGCUAUACAAAGAAAAGUAUAUUAAGAACAAACCUAGAUAACCAUUAUUGCACAUUAGAAUGGCAAGCAAUGCAUCUAAGGAACCUGCUUAGUAGCUCAUUGCACUAUGCUGACAUCACUUUGUCAGACAAUGUGGAUUCCCUAUCCUUUAGUUUCUUUGUUGAAAAGUCUUCUCAAGGUCCAUUUUUAACAUAGCUCUGAAAAUAGACACAUGUAACAUGGAUGUAUUUCAUUUUGAAUAUAUUUAUUAGUUGGCAGUCGAGAAAAUUUUUCUUUCAAAGGCACCUUGAUUAAUUCAGGCCCAACUCUGCAGGCUCAUACAGUUGUAAACCAUGUGCAAUGUUAAGAGCAACAUUGUACAUGGAGGUCUAUAGGAUUAGGCCAUGUACAUAUGGGAAGGCCAAGUGUUGCCAGCAGAAGUGGUAAUUUGCACUAAAAUUGUUGCUGUUUAAACCAGCUAUCCCUGACCUUGAACAGAGUAUGUCUGCUUCAAAGGAGCUCAUAGCAGGAUCUGCACCUAUCUAUGUACUUACGCACUUUAUUCUUUCUUUUUGUAAAAUAGUGCUAUGCUUGUAUUUUAGUUACUAACAACAGAAUGUACAGGAUAGCCUCGUUGGCAUAAAGGACCAAAUAUCAUUUCCUGAGAUGUGGUGAGAGGGUUUUCAAUAUUCUUAUGUUUGAGAAAUACAAAUACAGUAUAGACUGCAAUAUUUAUUAGAAAGAUUAUUCUAUUAUGCAUCCAUCAGGUACUACACAUGUACAUGCAUGUGCAUGCACAUACAUGUUGUAUGUGAAUUAUGUCAUUGCAGAACACAAUAAGCCACAGAUCUGUAUUGCAAAUAAAGAAAAGCCUUCAAAGGAAUUAAUGCUUGCAGACCAUGCUCAAGGGAAAGCACUCCCUGAAAAAGUGGGUCUAUAUAAUGCUUGUAGGAUUGGGGCUAAGAUUUGAUCCUGCGUUACAGCAAGCAGUGGCAAAAGACUCAGUAACCUCCAUGCAGAAGACUAAAUCCUUAGAUAACAUCAGUAUUUGCAGCUACUUAAUUAUGUAUGUAUAUACACACCAUCUUAAUUACCCCUUGCUGGAUGAGUGGGGAACAGUACUGGGGGCAGCACACCGACACAUGCUGAAUGGAUUGAUUUGACUACAGUCAAACACAUUUAAUUCAAGGUGAAUGUACCAGUAAAGACAGGAAUAGAAAUUUUUAGGGAGGUAACUUUCAAGUUGUUGAUAUUUUUACAUAUUUUUCCUUAAUAGUGAAAGACAAAAAGUGUAAUUAGAUGGCUACUGUGUUCAUCUGUGCUCAGGAAUUCAAUGUGCAGGGUAGCAAAUGGAAUGUGUUAAAGUGGGACAAAUAGCACAUUUCCUAUAAACUGCAUUAAAAGAAAAAUCCAGUUCAACCAGCUGGAUUGAAAAAAACCCAACCGUGCAGAUCACAAAGAAAGAAGCUCUGUGGGAAUUUGACAGUUUCGCCAGUACUAACCUAAGGUUUCUUGCAGCUGUCUUGUUAUUUUGAGCAACCAUUUAAAGGAAAAUUCCAUAUAAGACAGCAUAAUAACUGCAUCUAGUCACCAACUACAGUUUGUUAAAUUAAAAUAAUCAAUUCUCAUUAAAAGAUAAAAGGCUCACCCCUCAUUCUCUCCCACAGAACAGAGAUGCUGAAAUAGCUACAGGAUUUUUUUUUCAUAGUGCUUUAUUAAUUUAUUGUUUACAUAUAUUCCUAUCCAUCUAUCAAACAUUUAGCACUUGAUUCCUGUAACUUCUUUAAGGACUAGUUAUCAAGGACUGACUGGGAAUGUCACUUUUGCUAAGUGGGCUGCUGUAUGCAUAUCUGCUGACAACAGUUUGCUCUUUUGCUUUGCCAGCGAUGUGUGAUGACAGCUCUUUAUUGAUAAGGCAGAGCAGAAGGUGCAGUGCUAUUGAAUCUGGAAAGCGAUAGAAGAGAAGGGAGGCAGCUUUGAGAAGAGGCUGUAAAGCAAAGGCAUAUGUGCUUAGAUUUUGCCUGAUGCCCUGCCAUCACACAAGUUCUUCUGAAUAUCCUUGGUGCUGUGGUCUAGGAUAAUCAGUGCUCAUCCAGAGGAAUUAGCUGCUCAACUUCUUAAGAGUCAUAAUUAUAAGGGUCAUUUGAUACUGAUAGCAGUUCACUAAACCUCUUUUCCACUAGCAAGUGGACAAGUAGCUAUUCCGUUAGGAAAACCUAAUGCAACCCCUAGCCUUCCCAAGAAGAACAUACAAAGUAGGUAGCUUUGAUUUAUCCUGGGAUGCACAGCUCAGAACUGCACUCAUCUGCUGAUCUAUGCCCACACCCACGCCACUGGGACAAGGGAAGUGUUUUGUGUAAACCUAGAGACAAAUCACCAGGGCUGAACACUGCCUCCCCAAGGGGAGACUCAGGCCCACAGCGCAUCACAAGCACUGCAGGUCUGUGGGACGGGGCACAGGCUGCAAAGCCUAUCCAAAGAGAUUGUGCUCGCUCUCGGAGGUUAUCCCUACUGUUCCCUCCUGUUUUAGAUAGCCUAUGGCCAGUGAACCACUUACUGCUGACCAAGACACUGAGUGAAGGCAAAGUCUAAAGCAGACGGACUUACAGGGGAUGGUAACAUGUUUCCUCACACCAGACACCAGUUCUCGCCCUGUCUGUGUGGUAGAGUGGCCAGUACUGAGCUCACCUCACUCUUAACAGGUCAGGCUCAGUGGCUCUCACUAUUGUUGGGGAAUUCUUCAACAUCCUGGGCUUUACCGUCCCUUAGACCCACUGCCAAGCACUGUCAGUACAGAAGACAGGAUUAGAUACAGUUUUUAUCCCUCCUCUUCAUGAUACUUCUUAAAUAUUCAGUAGCAAGCGUGUAUAUUUGCCUGAAACAGCAAGAGAAUGUGUGAGCAGGCUGCAGCAUAAUUACACCCUGAAAAGGAAAUUCAUGUACUCAUACUUCUAACCAAGCAUGAGGUAGGAUAAAUAAGGCAGCGGCUGAACAGGAGCAGAUUGAGCCUGAGAGUGAGAGACAGGAAAUCUGGGUCCCAUUCUCAGCCCUCCCUCUGAGCUCGACCAAGUCAAAACCUCCUGUCAUGCCUGCCUUGCCCAGGUGUGCAGGGAUGGGAGACAGGCACAAAACAGCCGCUGGCUGUGACAGCAAAACACUGGAGCAGGGGUGUGCUGCUGCCUCAGGGACUGCAGAGGUGAGAACACCACUUGUGUAAACCGAAAGGUAACACACAAACGCAAGAUUUGUCUAAGUCAGGAAGCAAUUUGCAUAGAGAUUAUCAAUUUCAGCAGAGAAGAGACUCAGACAUUUCAGGAUUACAACUGCACAGCAUCUAUGGGGUGAUGCCAAAUUAGAGUGUUACAAUGGUUUAUCAUCAUGUCCCACCUGUUUCCCCUCUUUCUUCAGAGGCGAUUUAUCACUGCCAGGUAAUCGAUUCCAAGUUUUUUAGUAUUUCUUCUAUUUUAUAUUUCAUGUAAUUAAAAAACAAUACUUUCCUUACCCCAGCUCGUGACUGUCCCUCUCCUCUGCAAAGCUUUAUGAAUAUUUAUAACCUGUAAGUCUGAUCCAUCAAGCUGCUGAGCACUCAAAGUCUGUAGUCUUCAUAGGAGUGCUCAACACUCUGGGUGAUUAGGUCAUGUGCGUGUAUUCAGUUACCAGAGGAGAGGUGGCCUCUGACACCACUGCACAUGCUAAGCAGGCGCUGAAAUCAAAGUGAUUAUUUAUGGAGCGAGGAUUUGCGGUGAAGGCAAUAGGCUCAUUUCUUGCUGAUCUCUCUAAACUGUAAUGACUCUAGAAACCUUGCUGCAAUAGACUGGUUUAUACCAGUAUAAAGAAUUGAUUUGACCUUUAGGUAAACACAUAAGCAUACCUGUAUCUAAUGGUAUUUUCUUAUGAUCCGAUAAAUCACAGCACUUGUAAAAAAACUGAGAGGGAGGUUCAAAUGACACAAAACCUCACAUGACAAUAUUGCAUGCAACUACAUUAGCGAAUAAUCUCAAUGAAAUAUUAACACAAAGCAUGCAGUUAUGCUACUUGAGUAUAUGUUUACAGAAUGCAUGCAGAAGGCCCACACAUAGGGUAUUUUUAAACUAUUGAUUGGUAUCUUUUAUGGGCUAUUUCAAAAGUACUUUGCAUCUGCCAAACUCAAAACACUUGUUCAUAUUAUUUGGAACAGCUUAGACCAAAAACGGAGCCCUUUUUAAAGAAAUUUCCUUAGAAAUACUUUUGUUUCGCACAUUUCACGUUUGUUUCAAGUGUUUAAUAACAGACAUCUGGACUAACAACAUUUGCACGCAUUUUAGUAUACUCUGAAGAAUUAGAAAGCUAAGCACGUGCAGCUUUCACAGAGACACUUGUUGUCUAGAUCUUCACAUUUUCUUUUUUAGUCAAAACUAGAUCGCACCAAAUUGUGCAAGAGAAAAAGAUUCCCAGAACCAGUGAAACAACUAUUGUCUCAGUCUACACUGACUUACCAGAGGCCAGGCUUUUCAGACUUGCUCACCAGCUCUGAAGGCAGCUCAGUUCCUGACUGUCCUGUUUGAAAUAUGUAGAUGUAAAACUCUGCAGCAUCUGCUGCAUCCACUGAUUUCAGCUGCAGACACUUAAAUCAGCUGAAAGCUCAGAACAUCAAGUUAAUCAUGAAGAGCUAAUGAGCCAAUUCAGAAAACUUGAGCCUGUUUGUCAAAUGAAAAUAAGAACCCCGAUACCACCAGCAGAUCAGCUGGGUGAUCCUAUGAACAUCUGUAGAGCACGGGCCUCCACAAGAGUCACCGCGACAGAAAUAAUAACUGAUAACACUAUGGGAAGCUACAGAGGCAAAGCCUGAGGCCUAGAUGAUUGCCUGCUGGAGCCAGGAAUGAAACAUAAACGGUUGUAGAUCCCUCUCACCCAAACAUGCAUCUGCAAAAUGAGACAUAGUAGUUAUUUCGCAUGAAUAACUUUGCACAGUUGAAAAACUGAGAUUUCUGAUUGCCAGUGUCGUCUGCUUAGCAGUCUGUACAGUAAAUUUAUGUAAUUAAUGUCUAUAAAAUACCCAGUAUCCAUAGAUAAAAAGUAAUAGACAAAAUGCACUGCACGUUGUGAAAAUAAUGGUGGGUAUGCAAUGCAGUAUUAUCUAUUAUUCAAACCUCAUCUAGGCUAGAAAUCAGAUUCCUUCAUUAUAGUUCUACAUUUUUGGACUGGUGAAAUAAAUCAGAGGAAAGGAGUGCCAGGCAUGAAGAGACAACUGACAGUUUGAACAAACCUAGGCAAAAUGAAAAACAAGCAUAUCAAAGAAUCCACAGAAAGUUUCAGACCCUCAGCCCACAAAGCAAUAGGUCAGAAUAGACAGAAGGAAUCUAAAGUUCUCUAAAAUCAGCUGUAACUUUACAAAUGCUUGCACACGCGACAGCCCAUUGAGCAAGCUUGCAUGGUCAAGACUUAAUGUGCUUUGAUCUUUCUUCCCCUUCCACAUUUACAGAACGCCAUCGACACUGGCUAAAACCUUAAUUUGAAUAGCCUUUUUAAUAUCAGUAGUCUACUGUAAAUUCAGAAAAAUCAAAACAUUUAUAAAUAUAUUUUAUAUAUCAGAGUAUAACAUAUCUAGAGUAAAAUAAAACUAUAUUGUUUUGAGAGGCAUUCUGUGCGGUUUCUUCUAUAUGCUGUAAACUGUUUGAAAACCUUUGCAAUCCACCAUCAGCUUUUUUGGCUUUAUUUUUAAGCCAACAUACAAGAAAGAUUAUAGGGUUGGCAGAUACUUUCGCCUGGGCCAUCUGCAGAGCCCUGCUGCUGCAAAGACUUACAUUGCUCACUUAACUUUUUGCGUCGAUAGUUAAGUGUAGGUGCAAGGCUUAGCAGUGAGGUGGGUGCUGGAUGCGGAGGUGGGAGUGCAGCCCUACACUUGAAUGUUUACAUUCUGUUGCGAAGGUUCAUAUCGACCCAGAUUGAGAAUCUGAGUCAAUAAGUACAUACGGAGUAAAAGAAUAGUUUCUUACUACAGGUAACUUUGCCUCUGUAUACCUAGUGCAUUAUCAGCUGUGUAUAAUACUAAACACAGACCUGUAAUUUACUGAUGCUUUAAUUUGAUGUUUCCUUGCACUGCUCUUUCAAACUAUCUAUUUCCUCAAAAAUGAAUGAUGUGCAUAUUCGAUGUGUUCAAUUUAUCAAGGUCAUAGAUUACUAUUUGCAGAGCACCACAUUUAUUGUAGUAUUUUUGUACUGUAACGGAAGCAUGCCUUCCUUGGGUUCUUUUCCACAUAUUAAAUUGUAUUUAUUUACCUGUAUUUAUAACUGUGCAAUUUUUAAAUAUGUUUUAAAAAUAAAAAUUUGUCUGUGGCUUCAAAUCUUUAAAAAUCUCUUUUCGAUUUGAAAGCGGUCUGGACUAUAAUUACUUCAACUGAAAGGAGAGAUCUACUUCUCCAAGUGAAAUAAAGUUGGGUUUUUUUAAUGAGAUCUUCUAUCCUACUGUUUACGAUGUUAACAUGUUUCUUUGCUUAAAAAUGAAUCCCAGAAGGCCUUUUUUCAUUACUAA